UCUCACAAGCCGGAGACUCCAAGGUAUCGCAGCUGGAGCAGCCUCCGCUUCUCAAGAUGGAGAAGUGGUUCCCAGAGGACAAGUGGUGAUGACCCCGCACAGGACCAGUCCACCUACUUCCAGAGGCAGUUUGGCUCCAUGCUGCAGCCCGGGGUCAACAAAUUCUCCCUGCGCAUGUUUGGCAGUCAUAAGGGUGUUGCUGCCGAGCAGGCCAGGGUGAAGAGCUUUGGAGUGUGGAUCAUCCACCCCUACAGUGAUUUCAGGUUUUACUGGGACAUUGUGAUGCUCCUGUUGAUGAUGAGUAACCUGGUGAUUUUACCCUGGGGAAUCACCUUCUUUGAGGACCAGAACACCAUGCCCUGGAUCACCUUUAAUGUCCUGUCUGACACUCUCUUCCUCAUGGACCUGGUUUUCAACUUCCGCACUGGAAUCCUGGGAGAGGACAGCCACAUCAUCCUGGACCCCAAAGAAAUCCGCAUGCAUUACCUUCGCACCUGGUUCCUGGUGGACUUCAUCUCCUCCAUCCCCGUUGAUUAUAUUUUCCUCAUCGUUGACCUGGAGUCCCGGCACGAGUCAUCUGACGUGUACCGCACUGCCCGUGCACUCCGCAUUGUGCGCUUUACCAAGAUCCUCAGUCUGCUGCGUCUUCUCCGACUGUCUCGCCUCAUCCGCUACAUUCACCAGUGGGAAGAGAUUUUCCAUAUGACUUAUGACCUGGCCAGUGCAGUGGUGCGUAUAGUCAACUUGAUUGGCAUGAUGCUGCUGUUGUGUCACUGGGAUGGCUGCUUGACCUUUAUGGUGCCUAUGCUGCAGGACUUUCCAUCGGACUGCUGGGUAUCCAAAAAUAAUAUGGUGAAUGCUACAUGGCACAUACAGUACUCAUACGCUCUGUUUAUGGCCAUGAGUCACAUGUUGUGCAUAGGAUACGGUGCCCACCCUCCAGAGGGAAUGACCGAUGUUUGGCUCACCAUGAUCAGUAUGGUUGUGGGGGCCACCUGCUAUGCCAUGUUCCUCGGCCAUGCGACUAACCUGGUCCAGUCCUUGGAUGCGUCACAUCGCCAGUAUCAAGAGAAGUACAAGCAAGUGGAGCAGUACAUGUCGUUCCAUAAACUUCCAGCGGAUGUAAGACAGAGGAUCCAUGAUUAUUACGAGCAGCGAUUCCAAGGCAAGAUGUUUGACGAGGACAGCAUCCUUGGAGAGCUCAGUGAUCCGCUCAAGGAGGAGAUAGUCAGCUAUAACUGCCGUGGGCUAGUGGCCAACAUGCCACUGUUUGCGAACACUGACCCUCAUUUUGUGACAGUGAUCCUGACCAAGCUGCGUUUCGAAGUCUUCCAACCCGGUGACCUGAUUAUACGAGAAGGAACUCUGGGUAGGAAAAUGUACUUCAUCCAGCACGGAACCGUCACUGUCAUCCCACGCGGCAGUAAGGAGAUUAAGCUCAACGAUGGAGCAUAUUUUGGGGAGAUCUGCCUGCUAACGCAGGGACGACGCACAGCCAGCGUGAGCGCGGACACCUACUGUCGUCUUUACUCCCUGAGUGUGGACAGUUUCAACGAGGUCCUGGAGGAACAUCCUCUGAUGAGGAGGGCCUUUGAGAGCGUAGCUGUGGACAGGCUGGGACGGGUUGCUCGCAGGCCCAGUUAUCAGCCUCCCACAGCAGAGUGA